AUGGCUCGCUACGUUUGCAUUUUCCAUGCUGCCUUUGCCCUUGCCGUGAUGCCCUGGGCACAGGGUGCCCGUGUGGAUCAUGGCCCAGGCCGUGCAGGCCAUGCAGGCCGCGCCGGCCUGAGGCCGCCCUUUGUUUGGAAGAGCACCUCGGCCACGCAGCUCCAGCAAGUUUUGCUGCGGCAGCUGACGGCCGAGGAGGCGCCAGAGGUGCAGGGCCCCAAGCUCGGAGUUUCACUGAAGGCGCUAGUCGGAAGAGUCCGCGGGGCCUGGGCAGAGGGAGGCACCUCUGGCUGCUUCCAACAGCUGGGGAGCAUGAUCGCCAACUUGACUGCAGCCUGCCACGAGCAAAACCCCCAAGACCAGGAGUUUUUUGUCUUCCGAUAUUACAAGCCGCCCUUGCCAAGGAAGACCUGCCAGGAGAGCGUGGACGACAUCUUCGUCCAUGGCAGAGCCCUGGCAGCGGCCAUGCAAACUUCGAAGGAGGAUUUGGCUUCCCUGAAGGUGGACCGAAGAACGGUUGCCAUGGUCCAUUCGCUGUACUUCCUGCGAGCAUGGCUGACUCCGCUGGCCUAUACGCAGAGCGAUGCCUUGCUCUGGGCUGGCUUUUGGGAUGCCGACCCUCGCAAUCGCACCACCUCAGAGACAUUGCGUAACUUCGCCACUGCCACAGACCACGCGACGGUCCAUCCGGAUAGCUGGCUGGGGCAGGUCAUUGACAGAAGCAAUGACCUUUCGGAUUGUUACAUCGAGGAGAUGAGGCAGCUGAUGGCAAACAUGUGGACCAUUGUCAGCGUGAGCUUCGUGCUCGGCAUGAUGGAAAGGGGGCAGGGCACCGUUGUCGCGCUGGUGAACAAGGGCAUGGAGGGCGAGCGGCCGCUUGAACAGGCCGUCCUGUACGAGCACGAGAUCCCGACGCUGGGACUGGCUGCCUAUGGGCUGGGGUACUGGUCCCCGCAGGUACUUCUCAUCGAUUUGCAGGGCACCUGCUCACAGACCAGCCCAGCACUCCAGCAGCAGCUUUCCUCUCGCUUGGGCCCUUGGGCGAAGUCCAAGCAAAAGCGGCAUUGGCGUUUGGAGGACUUCGUGCAGCGAUCGCGACUGCGCUGGCGAUGCCUCGACUGCAGCGACCCUGUAUGCAAUUUGGACAUUAGCCUCGCCAAGGAGGUGAAACGGCUGGUUUUGAAGAAGCAGCUGAAGGACCAGAAUGGCCAGCGGCUCCUCAGGAUCUUGCAGAAGAAUAGGAACGACGAGGCUUUGCGCCAGGCACACGAGCUCGAAGAGAAAAGCCAGUUGGCGCAGAUGUUGGCACAGAGCCUUUUUGGAAUGGGUCGCUCCGAAGAAGCUCGUGCAGUGCAGGCUCAAUGGGCAGAAUGGCACAUCCGAUGGCUUAAUGUUUACACCCAGGCCGCCUCCCAUCUUCACCCGGGACAUGGAGCUUCGGUGACUCCCAAGGAGCUGCUCCAAAGGAAGGCCGACGCCAACGCGGCAGAUCGCACCGGCCGCACGUGCCUGCACGAGGCUGCCUUCAAGAAUGACUGCGAGGUAGCGGCUCUGCUCCUCGAACACGGGGCAGCGGUCAAUUCCCGCACUGAUGUUGGUGACACGCCGCUUCACCUAGCCGCAUAUCCGCAUUUGAUGGGUAACUCAAGAGUGGUGGCGCUGCUCCUCGAGCACAAGGCAGAAGUGAAUGCCCACGGCGCCUUUGGAAUGACGCCGCUCCACAUGGCUGCAAAGGUUGGGGGCAGCUAUGGGACGGAAGUGGCGGCGCUGCUCCUCGAGCACAAGGCGGAUGUGAAUGCCCGCAUGUUGCACGGUCUCACGCCGCUCCACAAGGCUGCCAAGUGUGGUUCGGCGGAUGUGGCCGCGCUGCUCCUCGACCACCAUGCAGAGGUGAAUGCCCGAAGUCAAUUCGGCGAGACGCCCCUCGCUGAGGCUGCUGAGAUAGGUGAGAACUCAGUAAGAGACCUGCUGCUGCGGCAUGGCGCGACGGAGUGA